AUAGGGAGUUCUAACACAAAUUGCUCUGCUUGGUAAAUCCAUUGUGUUCUUUCGGUUCUCCGCAGGACAUAUUGGUUCCAACUUUGGUUUUUUUGAUUGAAGAUUCGGUUCAUUUGAACUCUUUAAUGGCCUGGAUUGAUCCAGUUGGGUUUCUACAGAUGAAGCAAUCAAAAUUUUUGGAGUUUGGAUUUUCCAAACGGUGAUCGAAUCAAUUCACACCUAAUGUGUAUGAAUGAUGGCUUCCAGAGAAAAAAGUGAUCCAUAUCAAUCAAUUAGUGAUUCCACCACUGUAUAUGCUGGGGAUGCUCUUAAUGGUGAAUCCCUUAAACCUGUAGAGAAUCAACAGAGAAAUCCAAGGAUGGAUAGGCGGUUUAAUUCUUUUAAAACUUGGUCUGGGAGGCUCGAGAGGCAGUUAGCAGUUUUAAAUGGAAAGCAGAUUGAACCAGAAGCAGAGGUCAAUGUUUUGCAGAAUGCUGAGAUUGAAGUUUUACCUGUAAAUAGGUACUUCGAUGCCUUAGAAGGGCCUGAGUUGGAUACUGUUAGAGAUUCAGAGGAGUUGGUGCUACCAGUAGACAAGAAGUGGCCAUUCCUUCUCCGUUUUCCAAUAAAUUCAUUUGCUAUCUGCCUUGGUGUUGGUAGCCAAGCAGUCCUGUGGAGAGACCUAGCAACCACCAAAUCCAUGAGCUUUCUCCACAUCAGCCUGACCAUCAACCUUGUCCUGUGGUGUAUCUCUGUCGCUCUUGUGGUCACUGUCUCCUUCAUCUACUCUCUGAAAGUCAUAUUUUACUUCGAAGCAGUCCGUCGUGAGUACUACCAUCCCAUCCGUGUCAACUUCUUCUUUGCUCCAUGGAUCUCUGCGCUGUUCUUAGCUGUUAGUCUCCCACCUUUGGUUGCCAAAAACAUUCAUACUGCUAUCUGGUACAUUCUUAUGAUCCCAAUUUUCUGUCUUGAUCUUAAAAUCUAUGGACAAUGGAUGUCGGGAAGUCAGCGGAAACUAUCAGUGGUGGCCAAUCCUACAAGUCAUUUGGCAAUUGUUGGUAACUUCUUGGGUGCAUUUCUGGGUGCUUAUAUGGGGUUGAAAGAAGGGCCUAUCUUCUUCUUUGCUGUUGGAUUAGCCCACUACAUCGUCCUAUUUGUAACACUCUUCCAGAAACUUCCAACAAAUGAUACACUUCCCAAAGAAUUGCAUCCAGUAUUCUUUCUUUUCAUUGCGGUACCCAGUGUUGUUUCUAUUGCGUGGGCACUGAUUCAAGGGGUAUUUGAUUAUGGAGCCAGGAUUCCAUACUUCAUUUCUUUGUUCCUAUAUUUCACACUGGCUGUUCGAAUUAAUUUUUUUCGAGGUUUCAGGUUCUCACUAACAUGGUGGGCUUACACUUUCCCAGUAACUGGGGUAUCUAUUGCCACAGUCGCCUACUCUGAUGAAGUCACAAACCUUUUUACACAGAUUCUAACAGUUGUUCUCUCUAGCAUUUCGGCCCUCGUAGUAAUAGCUAUGCUCAGCACCACUAUAUUCCAUGCCUUUGUGUUGCAAGACCUGUUUCCGAAUGAUAAGGCCAUAGCCAUUUCAGUGAAAAGGCCAGUGAAAAGGCCAAAGACAGACAAGAAACGGUGUCAUCUGCAAUUUGGAAGUUCAGAUACCAAAAACAAUAUUGAAGCUUCUCCGAAAUCAGAAUCCUUCGUCUACAUCGACAUUGGAAAUUAUUUGGAAUCAACAAGCUCAGUUAGUUAAGAUAUGGAUGCUCCUUUUCGGAUUAGUAUUGAAGUAUGAUCAUGAAGGUGAUGGCAAUUAGAAAUAUAGGUGGUCUAGUGCUGCUUUGAUCUCAAUCCUCCUCCUACAUCCAUUGCUGCUAGCACUGAACACUGGAAGCAUAUGUUGGGGCAGCUAUCAAGGGGGUAGCAGUCAAGUUCCAUUUCCCUGAAUUGGAUACUCUUGAGAGUAUGUGGUCCUGUCUUUGUUUUAUUCUGAUUUUUCUCCUCAUUCAGUUCCUUACAUAAAUAUAUUAAGAGUUCAUGUAGUGAGGGUACUUUGGUAAAUGAGCAUGUAUUUGACCUCUUUUGGUAUUCUUAUGUUAGUGUAGGGGUAUUUAUGUAAUCUUACCUUUAUUUUAUCAAGUGAGUAAAUGUAUAGAAAUCAAUUGUUGUCCCA